AUGACAGCCUCACGACUCAUCACCCGCCUCGCGCGGCCUUCAGCUUCAAGUUACACACCAAUUUCAGCAUUGAACCGCUCUUUCGGCUCUUCGGCUCUGCGUUUCAACGAUACCAGCGAACGCGCCGCUUCGGAACUCAAGGCUCACCGUGAGAACCAGACCAAGAAGCAGCCGAACCAGUUCGUGCCAAACACCACUUCCACCAUGACCAAGGACUUUCCCAAUGUUGGCAAGAAACCCUCGCCGCCUGAGAUGCUCAAUUCCGUCGAUCCUAACUACCGCCCUGCGGAUCCUUACCCGGGUAAGAUUGAGCAUUUCACUGGUGGACGCCAGGACACUGGUGCACAGAAGCCGGAGCUCGGCGUUGGUGAGAUGGAGGGUAUCACUUUCAAGGUUGAGCCGUUGAAGCGGGUCAACGAAGAUGUGACGACCAUGCGUGCUCGUUUACUAUACCAGAGCCGCAAGCGCGGAAUCCUCGAAUCCGACCUCCUCCUUUCAACCUUCGCAGACGUCUACCUGCGCGACAUGUCCCACGACCAACUUAAGGAGUAUGAUAGCUUCCUCGAUGAAAACGACUGGGACAUCUACUACUGGGCCACCCAGGACCCACCUACCGAAGGCUCCUCUGCUCCGGCCGAGGACACUCUGACCGAGACGUGGAAACAGACUGGCGCUAAGAGCGGCGAGUGGGCGCAAACGAUUGGAGCGUUCAAGGCAGCAUACAGACCUGUGCCGGAGCGCUGGAAUGGCUCGGAGGUGUUGGAGUUGUUGAGGGAGCAUGUUCGGGAUAAGAGCGCGACUGGGUUUGAGUCGGCGAAGAAUAAGAAGACUGGAGGUGGGUUGGGACGGAUGCCUGAUGUUCAGGUGUUCAACUCGUAG